CAGGCCCCACAAUCCCCCGCGCCUGUCCUAGGUGAUCAUGGCGGGGAUGAGUGUCCUCCGGUCGGCUGGGGCGAUGAUCAGUCGGCUGCAGUGUGCUCAGCGCUUGGCGCUCCGGACUGGUGGGCUGCUGGGGAGAGUAGCGCCGACUGCUGCGGUGCCUGUGCGGUUUGCCGGUGGUGGAAAGAGGGUCUUUGUCAUCCGGCCUUCACUUUUCCAUGACAAUAAAUUCAUGAAAUACUUGAAAUUUUACGUACUGCUUGGCGUAAUACCUGUAGGUAUCUGCAUAUCACUCGUCAAUCUUUUUAUUGGUCCAGCCGAGCUGGCAGAAAUUCCAGAAGGCUAUGUUCCUGAACACUGGGAGUACUAUCAGCACCCAAUCACUCGUUGGCUAUCCCGCAAUAUGUUUCAUCCUAUUGAUGCGUCUUAUGAGAAAGGAAUGGCAAUACUCUACAUUGAAAACGAGAAACGUCAGCUCAGGUUGUAUGAAGAUGUUGCCCGUGCCUCUAUGAGACAGAAGGGAGAUGGUCCGUGGUAUUAUUAUGAAACGCUGGAUAAAAACCUCAUUGACCAUGAACAUAAAUCUACCCCUGAUCAGUAACAUAUCUGCUCACUUAGGACUCCUGUAAAUCAUUUAUCACAAUAGAUUAUUAUAUAUGUCAGUCGGUUUCAGAAACAUUCACAACUUUCAAGUUUGUACCUAAUAAAAUGACUUUAUUUACUUGGAAAA